AUGGGAAAAGUAUUUGCAAGAAUCACAUCUUAUUUAGUUUUUAUUCUUUUCGUAUUAGCUGGGAAGGUGGCAGCUGGUCGUCGUUUGAAUUAUGAGUUGUUGUCUGAUGGUGCUGCUCAAGAACACGAUUCAGAGUCAUUUCUGCAUCUCAAAGGACAGGAUUCUUCUGAAGAGCAUUGUGAGCUAAUGUAUGGGUUUUUGCCAUGUUCAAGCAAUGUCCCGAGCCAUAUCUUUCUCAUUGUGAUAUACGAGUACCUAUUAUAUCAUGGAGAAUCAUAUGCGGCUGGUGAUGGGGGAAUUUUUCGUGUCCUUGGCAAGAACUUUUAUGUUGCAAUGUUUUCUCAGCUUCUUGAUUCCCUCCCAGAAUCUUUGAUACUUCUUGUAGCAGGACUGACAAGUAGUAAAGAAAAAGCUCAAGAAUACGUUGUAACGGGUGUUGGAUUGCUAGCAGGAUCGUCAAUAUUGCUUCUCACACUUCUAUGGGGGGUUCUGGUCGUUAUACACAUGCCGAAACUGAUGUUAAAGUUUAAGUUGAUUUUGCUGAAAGUAAAAAAUAAAGGGAUAAAACUAUUAACAGGUUUUGGUGUCGUUACCGAUGCAGAAACUAAAUAUCAUGCCAAAGUUAUAUUCUUUUCGCUCAUACCAUUUGUAGUCAUUCUGUUACCUAGUGUGUUUGGGUUAUCGUAUUCUGAUGAAGAAGACAAGAUUGUCCUUCUUGUGUCACUUUCGGUUUCGGUUAUAUGCUUACUCUCUUACUUCUACUAUCAGACUUCUGAUCCACGGAUUCGGAAAAGAAGACUGGAGUAUGCAGAAGUUUUAGGAAAAAUUGAAAUGCAUGUACCAUUUUACAAAGUACAAGCGCUUAUGCUUGAAAGGGAAAAACAUCUUAUGACAAAGCAAAAAGAAAUGGAGAAAAUUUUGACACGUCCCGAGCUUAGCGAAGACAAAACAUUAAUGACCAGUGAAAAUUUCUAUGAUUUGUUCCAUAAUUGGCUUGAUGAGACGAGACAGUUAAUGGAUGAUCCGUACUCAAUGGAUCAAUUAGGGACAGAAUACAAUCAAGUUGCUGAACUAUUGCUUGAAGAUAAAAUCAAAAUGAUACAACUAAUAUACGGUCUAGGAGAGGAAUUGCAUAUACAAGAUGGAGCUCGAGAUGAAUCUUCCAUAGAUAGAUUCUUUAAGCGCAUUGAUGCCAAUGGUGAUAAAUCUAUUAGACGACUUGAGCUCAAAAACUAUAUCAUGGAAGUGAACAAUGGGAUUCCGAUGGACGAAGAGAUAAUAGAGAUCAUAAUGAGAGGUUUAGACAUUGAUGGAAAUGGAGACAUUAAUCACCAAAAAUUCAAAUCCGAGAUUAAGGGGUGGCUCGAUACUUUUUGCAACAAAGAAAAUCCAUCACAGAAUAACAACCAAGAAACGGACAGGUACCAUCAGAAUGAGGCAAAGGCGAAAACAGAGGAAAAGUACAAGGGAAUGGCGAUACUGAUAGUCGGAAUCAUUAUGCUAACAGUCUUGGCUGAGCCUUUGGUCGAGAGCAUUCGACGGUUUUCAGAAUCUGUAAAAAUAGAGCCUUUCUAUGUGUCAUUCAUCUUGGUACCAUUGGCUACAAAUGCUAGAACAGCCAUUGCUCCCAUUAGAGCUGCAAUGCAGAAGAAACAUCAAAUAACCUCUUUAACCUUCUCUGAGAUAUACCACAAAGUCUUCAUGAACAAUAUCCUUGGUUUUUCUGUUCUGGUAUCGGUCAUAUAUUGUCGUGGAUUGACAUGGCAUUUCUCUGCUGAGAUUCUAGUUGUUGCAAGUGUGUGCAUCAUAAUGGGACUUCUAGCAUCUUUCAAAUCAAAGUUUCCGAACUGGAUAUUAAUCAUUGCGUUCUCUCUCUAUCCGUUAUCUUUGGUUAUGGUUUACUUUGUCGCAGAUACUUUCCAGUUUUCUUGAAACUUGAACUAGAACUUGUAGAAAACAACAUUGUCCCAUUUAAUUGAGUAAGGAGAUAUGCUUAUGUAUAGCAAUGAUGAAGGAGACAUUUUUUAAUGCAG